UCUCCCUUUUCAAAUAUCCCCUCCCUCCCACCCCACUCCACAAAUUCAACAACUUUUCAUCAAUCAAUCAAAUUCCCAAAUCUCACAAUUCAUCCAUUAACAAAGUCAAGGGAGUUGAAUUUGUUACCGCGUUUGAACAACGUUCGAACUACAUAGAAAUUUCUGCUCAUUGAUGACAUGCAAUUACUCAAACUCUGACUAGAUCCGACUCGAUUUUGUGGGUUUUUGAUUUUAUUAUAUAAUUCUAAGUUUUGGUGAUCUCAGCAGAUACAACAAUGGUGGCCGAGCCUUGGUUAGUUAAAAUUGGAAGCCAUGUGAGUUCCAAUCUCAAACAUGCCCUCCUCUUAGAACCCUCUUCCAAAAAGUCCACCAGAAACAAACAAGAAAUUCAAAGCAAAACACCGGAAACAAUCGGAAUUCUCUCGUUUGAGGUUGCCAAUGUGAUGUCAAAAACCGUUCGACUCCACAAAUCUCUAACCAAUUCAGAGAUUUCCAAGUUGAAAACCCAAAUUCUCUUCUCCGAUGGCGUCAAAGCCCUAGUCUCCUCCGACGAGACCUAUCUUUUAGACCUCGCGCUUUCAGAGAAGCUAGAAGAGUUAAAUUUCAUCGCCGGCGUCGUCUCCAGGCUCGGCAAGAAGUGCACAAUCCCUCAGCUUCAAGGAUUUCAACAUGUUUACAGAGAUAUAGUCAGUGCAGCCAUGGAUGUUACGGAAUUAGGGUUCCUGGUGAAGGAUAUGGACGCAAUGAUGCGAAAAUUCGAGCGCUUUGUUAAUUCCACAACCACUCUCUACGGAGAAAUGGAGGUCUUGAACGAAUUAGAGAUUACAACGAAAAAAUUCCAACAAAACCAGCACGAAGAAAGCAGAAAAGUCUUCGAGCAGAAAUUGAUUUGGCAGAUCCAAGAUGUGCGCCACCUGAAGAACGUUUCACUAUGGAAUCAAACUUACGAUAAAGUCGUCGAGAUGCUAGCAAGAACUGUAUGUACUCUUUACGCUCGAAUCUUUUCAGUUUUCAAUGAUUCAAUUUCCCGAAGAGAGAUGUUCUCAUCUAGCAACACGUUAAAUUCAUCUAGAAGUUCUGCUCAAAACUCGAAUCAAAUUACCGGUUCUUGUAGUUCGAGUUUAGUGGAGAAGAAGAUAGUCAGUGUAAAGCCACAAAUUCAAACAAAAAAAGGGGAAACGAAUCUUUUCAAAGCCGAAGACUUCAAUUUUGCUUGUGGAUUGGGACCAAAGAGACUGUUUAUGGAAUGUUUAACCAUGAACACUUCAAAAUUACACGAUUUCAACGAUGGGUCUGUAUCUAUUCCAGUAACCGAUGAUCAAAGCAGCCAUGUUUCUGGUUCUUGUAGUGUUUCAAGUAGCUUAAAGAAAGAGAUUACAAAUCUUCAGGGGUGUAAUGGUAAUUUGAUAAAGAUUCAUAAAACUGUUCCACAGAUCAAAUUAAUGGUGAAACCACCUCCCAACACCAUUGGAGGCUCUGCUUUAGCAUUACAUUAUGCCAACAUUAUCAUCGUGAUUGAGAAAUUACUUCACUACCCUCAUUUAGUUGGAGAAGAAGCUAGAGAUGAUCUAUAUCAAAUGUUACCAAAAAGUUUAAGAUUAGUUUUAAAGAGAAAUCUAAAGUCUUUUUCAAGAAAUUUAGCGAUUUAUGAUGCUCCUCUUGCACACGAUUGGAAAGACAGGCUUGAUGGGAUACUCUCAUGGCUAGCACCCAUGGCACACAACAUGAUUAGGUGGCAAACUGAGAGGAACUUUGACCAACAACACAUUGUCUCAAAAUCAAAUGUUCUUCUUUUGCAAACUUUGUAUUUUGCAGAUCGAGAAAAGACGGAAGUUGCCAUUUGUGAGCUUCUUGUGGGGUUGAAUUAUAUUUGUCGAUAUGAACAUCAACAAAACGCGUUAUUGGAUUGUGCAAGUAGUUUUGAUUUUGAUGAUUGCACGGAUUGGCAAUUGCAGUAAUGAGAUCUUGAUUGUUUUUUCAUGGUGAUGAGUUUUGUUUCUUUGUUUUGCUUUCUCUAAUGAAAGAUUACAGAUAUGUAAUGGGCCACUGUGUAUCUGAUUUAGAUAUUGCAUGGGGACCAGUUCAAGGGUUACUAGAAAAAAAAAAGAUAGAUGAUAGAAGUUGUGCAACAUAAUGUGAAUAUAAAGAUUUUGGGCUUGUAGAUGUUUGUAAUUAUCUUUGUUUUGAAUCA